CAUCACCAUCACCCUGACCUCUAGACCUUACACUCGCUUCUCUUCUUACGCCACAAUCGGCGAUUUCUUCCCAUGGAACGCGCUAAAUCACGGGUGCAACACAGUUCAAUAAUAACUCUAUAAAAACUACGCGCCAUGACAUACCCCAAUCUCUAUCGCCCUCUCUCCUGCAAGUGCUGUACUCAGCAUUUCAGUCUCGAUGUCUUCAAUCAUCUUGCCGUCGAAAGGAAAGUGCAUCCAUGUCAUUGACAGCAUCCAGCACUGCCAGUGUCUAUGGUUCUUACCUCCCGAGUCGCCCCUGCUAGAUCAGAACAUCUGUGCUCGUUGCGGACAUGGUAUCCACGCCCACGCCGACUAUGUUUCAAUGCUUGUCCAUCAUUGCCCUGCGAUGAAUUGCGCUGCGUACUUUUCGAAGACGGCCCGGGUACAAGCAUGCACAUGCUCGGCAUCUCUCAUCGAUCAUAUACCUGUCGUGAAUGUGUAUCGUUCAGCCACGCCACUGCCCUACGGAGUGGGUAUAUCUAUCCAUGACAACGGCCUCCCUUCUAAUGUCAACAUAUUCACCGGCGACACGACGAACGAUUCAUACACUCCGAUACCCAUGACCUCUCCUUCCAUUAACGCCAACCCAUCCUACUCUUACGGCGACACGGUGAUCUUCACACCUACUCCGCGACCUGUUAUUCAAAUGGGCAUCACUCAGAUCGACGCUCAUUCCCUCUCGGAAGUGGAAAAUUCCUACAUCGCUCAGUAUCAGGACGAUAACUCUCGCAUUAACGUCCAGGACCCAGGCGGGGAAUUUCGCGAGGAUUAUUUGACUAUAUCCUACAACGAGGUACAUGGCACGGGAUCCUGGGCAGGUCAACUUGAGUAAGUAUCCGCGAAACAAUUUUAUCAUUCAUCUCUACUUCCUUCAUCGUUCAGUGUAUAAAUUAACGCGUCAUGGAAACGCCUGUAAACACAACAUGUAUGUACAUUUUGAUAUCGUCUCGUUUUCUGCUGCUUAGGGUACCCGUCUGUUAUAUUCGUCGUUUUGCUUUGCUUUGCUAUGAAAUCAUAUGUGUUUUAUUAUUUAAAGCGAUGAAUAAACACGUUCGACACGUCAUAUGUCCUAAAAGAUUCUUGUC